AUGGUUGGUACCCCCACUGGAAUGGUACAGGGAUUUCAAAAUACCACCCUAGAAAGCAUUGCAUCCGGCUCUGUUCCCCUUUCCAAUGCUGAUGAUCCCCUCUUUACGAGCCAAACGAUGUACCUCAAAGAAGACCAAAAUUGUGACUUCUUGGGGGCCAACAACAUCCCCUUCACUGGCCACCGCGUGUUCAAGUCCAGUUCUUUGAAGAACGAUGUCAUACUCACCCACUCUCUUGUGUUUGUCAACUGCUUCCUCGGAAGCGCCAUUCAGACGUCAUCAAUCAAGAUUGACAGGAAGGAUGACAUGAUAUACAACCGGAUGUUUAAUGCGAUCAAGAACCCGAGAAACGCCACGUUCCCGAACGGAACCUUGUUGCUUGAACUCUACCAUGGAAUGGACAAGAUCGAUCACCGGUCCAAAAAAUGGCUCAUGGGGUUGAAGAAUGUCUUUGUGGACCUCCUUGAUAGUGCCAGAAUCAAGUGGCUUUCGAGUGACUGGUAUUUUAACCACAAAAAUACUGUCUCCAGACACUAUAACUUUGCGUUGCGCUCGUUGAACAACAAGACUCUCGCCGCGGAAAUCUACUACUCCCCAGAGAACAUGGACUAUUAUUCUUUUGCUCGUUAUGCAAAGUUCAGAAACCGGAAAAUCACCGCGUAUAUUCCCUUCCAGACUGUCGGGGGACAGUUUAGCUGUGUGCCCACAAAGACGCAGCUCGACGAGCUCAUCGCCAAGUUUGAAUACAGCAAGAUCGGGGGGGCCUUUGACGGCGACUUUGUAUGUGACCCGGAAACUGCCGUUGCAGUCAAGCCUUUGCUUGCAGACGAGUUUUACAAGUUCAGAAUGGGGGCGGCCUACCCCAACAACCCUUUUGAGGGCAGUUCAGGGAUCCAGUUCCAGACUUACUUCCACACUCCGUUGGUCUUUACCGCGAGUCCGUUAGACCCGAGAUAUAUGUUUGGUGACUGGAGCAAAGGACUCAGGGUGGACGAAGGCUAUGCUUAUACUUCUGGUCAGUGGCUCAACAUCCGUGAGUUGGAGAACAAGCUUAUUCUGGUGAUUGGCGAUGUCUACGAACUCUUUCUAUUGCCAAAUUCGUUCUUUCCUUUCGAAGCUGAUUUUUGGAAGGGGAUUUUCGGGGAUGUGCCGUUAAACAUCGGUGCCAUAGCCGUGGAUAGUGUAACCAAGUUUGUGGUUCCAAAAGGGGUCAAGCAGGUGAUGGAUAGCUGGUUUGAGAACGGAGCGUGGGCAUGGACUAUGUUUCCCUUGCAUUACGACUUGGACACUUUCUUGACACUACUUAUUCGGAAGCUUCCGUACGAUAUGGCCGAUUAUUACAAAAGCCAAAUCGAAAAAGCGUACGUGGAGUUUGACCAGAGUUGGAGAGACUAA